GUCCUGUGAUCGCCGUUGAAAGGACGCGACCACGCCACACCCCUUGCUGCAGCAGGCGCACGUCCCACCUGCGACAGAGCGACGUCAUUUUAGUUUUGAUUGAUACAAAAUUUUCUUUCAGAAAACCACCCCCAUAGCGUGCACCUGUGGCAGAAUAAGAACAUCAGUGUUAUAUUUUUACUUCACGUCUUAGGUAAGAUUAGCUUAAUUUACAUCAAUAAUAAUUAAAUCAUGAUUAAAAAAUAACGUUAAAUUAUUUGACUGUGAAUAGUGUCCUUUUCAUUGGUAAUUUUUCAUAUUUUGGAUUCCCGAAAUUGUGUAGGCUACAUCCGUUGGUAAAAUACGUAGUUUCUUUUCAAAGUUAGGUACAGCAAAAAUACAAAUCAUUUCGAUAUCUCCUCCGGUGGGGGGGGGGUUUGUGUCUUAUCUAAGGUCUUAUGCAUCUGUAUCAGUUGUCAAGCUUGCAUUAUUAGCGGAGCAUUAUAUAGUGUCCUUAGCAUGCCACUACAGUGUCUUUAAUGUGCCACUACAGUGUCUUUGAUGUGCCACUACAGUGUCUUUGAUGUGCCACUACACUGUCUUUGCUGUGCUACUACAGUGUCUUUACUGUGCCACUACAGUGUCUUUGAUGUGCCACUAUAGUGUCCUUAAUAUGCCACUACAAUGUCCUUAAUUUGCCACUACAGUGUCCUUAAUAUGCCACUACAGUGUCUUUGAUGUGCCACUAAAGUGUCUUUGAUGUGCCACUACACUGUCUUUGCUGUGCUACUACAGUGUCUUUACUGUGCCACUACAGUGUCUUUGAUGUGCCCCUAUAGUGUCCUUAAUAUGCCACUACAAUGUCCUUAAUUUGCCACUACAGUGUCCUUAAUAUGCCACUACAGUGUCUUUGAUGUGCCACUACAGUGUCUUUAAUAUUCCACUACAAUGUCCUUAAUUUGCCACUACAGUGUCCUUAAUGUGCCACUACAGUGCAUUUAAUGUGCCACUACAGUGUCUUUAAUGUGCCACUACAGUGUCCUUAAUGUGCCACUACAGUGUCUUUAAUGUGCCACUACAGUGUCCUUAAUAUGCCACUACAGUGUCUUUAAUGUGGCACUACAGUGUCCAAAUGUGCUACUACAGUGUCCUUAAUGUGCCACUACAGUGUCCUUAAUGGGCCACUACAGUGUCCUUAAUGUGCUACUACAGUGUCCUUAAUGGGCCACUACAGUGUCCUCAAUGUGCCACUACAGUGUCCUUAAUGGGCCACUACAAUCAUAUGCAUUUAAAUAAAGCAAAAUAAAAUUAUGAGAAUUCUUGUUUUGCUUAGCUUCACUCCAUAAGAUUAAAGUCUUAUUUGUAACGGGUGUCUCAGAGUUGUUACGGACUUUUACGGACAAAACCUUUGAGGUCAAAGUUGUACGGAAUGUCCUUAAAAGGACGAUGUGUUUGGAAACCUGUUACCCUCAUAGCGCUCUAAGCGUUCCACUGGAGCGUAUUUAGAGUGACACUAUAUUGUAUUACCACAGGGUCUUGUGCAGGGUCUUGUGCAGCGUCUUGUGCAGGGUCUUGUGCAGGUUCUUGGGCAGGUUCUUGUGCAGGGUCUUGUGCAGGUUGUUGUGCAGGGUUUUGUGCAGGGUCUCACAAUAUUUUUCUUAAAUUAAGUAACUGUUUUAUUUACCAAAAAUAGAGGAAAGUAUCUACAGUACUUUCUUGGCCCCAUUGAGUUAUAAUUUCAUUGUAUCUUUUUAAUUUUCAUUGAACUAUCUUCAGUAGUUUCUUGCCCCUCCCCCCACCCCCAGAAAGUAUAUUUUCAUACACAGCACGUUCUGACGGCACUGCACAUCCAUCGAACAUGACGACCUCGAUGUUGCUCCUGUGUCUUGUCGGUCUUCAAGUCGUUGCUCAUGCUCUAGAGACUGGAGAGGUGGUGACCCCUGUCGGGAAGUUGAGAGGACUGAAGGUGGCUGCUGCUAAUGGCGAGCCCUAUUGGUCAUUUCGUGGCAUACCAUACGCUGUUCCUCCCUUGGGUGAUCUACGCUUUGCUAAACCAGUGCCUUACCCCUAUCAAGGUAAAGCUAUCAAUGAAUUAUUCUUAACUAGUUUAUAUGUGAUGUGAUAUAUGUUUCUAUGUAGCUCUGAGCCGCUGAGAAAAAAAACAACAGAAAUGUUUAAGACAUGGAGAAUUCUUAGUUCAAAAUAAUGGUAUCAUGUUUGUUAUUGUCUGUGGACCUGAAUGAAAGGGACAUAAUCAAUACCUUUUUAUGUAUACAAUCAAUACCUUUUUAUGUAUAUAAUCAAUGCCUUCUUAUGUAUAUAAUCAAUACCUUUUUAUGUAUGCUAUUUUCAACUAUUUCUUUGUGUAACUUUUGACAAGGUUUAGCUAUUCAUUAUGUACUUAUGGUGGGUGAGGACCAUUCUCAUUUCUUUACGAAUCUCUGGCUAAAAUCUUAUUUACAAAAGGAAUUUGUUUAAAUUUAAAUUUGGGAGGGGGGCUGCUGCGUAUGUGGCUUGCUAGUCCAAUUCGUGCACGGAAUAGUCUCUGGCACUGGGGGCAGGUGAUAGUUGCUGUAGUCGGUGGUCUGAGGUUGCUUUUUCGUGCUAGCCGACUCCCUUGGUGCUCUAAGAGUCAGUUUUAAGCUGUUUGGUCUGCGAUAAGCUUAUAUACAUGAGAGACACAAAUUGUACGUUUAUGUAGGCCAGAUAGGUGUUCAUUCUUUCAUUAAAAAAUAUGGAGAAUUUGUAAUUUAAUUCGCUUUGAUGGAUCUUUAAAAUUAUAUUUUUUGUUGUUUUUUGUUUUGUUUUUUUUAACUGUGACAUGAUAAAUCUACUUAUAAUAAGAGUAUUUAUAAUUUAAUUUUUAAAAUUAUUUAAUCAAAUGUUAUCAACAGAUGAAGUCAUUGAUGGAACACGGCAAAGAGCUUCUUGCAUUCAAGACCCUCAGUUUCUAUUACCGAAUGAAAUCAUGUCUGAGGACUGCUUAUUUCUGAACAUAUUUGCCAAAGAGAUCAACAAGAAGUCACCGAUUAAAAAGAAAGCCAUAUUCUUUAUUCACGGCGGUGGUUUUUUCUUCGGUUCAACUUUUAUUUACAACCCUGGAAGUUUUGUCACAGAACAGGACGUCGUGUUUGUAACCAUCCAGUACCGCUUUGGCCUGUUUGGAUUUCUGACCACAGAAGACGAGAAUGCUCCUGGCAACUACGGCCUGUGGGACCAAGCACUCGCUCUGAAAUGGGUCAAAAACAAUGUUGCCGCAUUUGGUGGUGACCCAAUUGACAUAACCAUAGCAGGAGAGUCAGCAGGGGGGUCUUCUGUAUCUUUUCUUACUCUGAGUCCUGUCACAAAAGAUCUGUUCACCAGAGCUUAUUCUAGCAGUGGAGUAGCGACAUCAUUGUUCGCGGUAAAUAACUUAAACAAAGAGGCUGCGCGCGCUAUAGCAAUAUUUGUAAACUGUUUGGAUAAAGAUGAGACCAGGAUGGGAAAAGAAGUUAUCCAAUGCCUUCGUUCACGUCAACUUUCAGAUUUAGCUAGUUUUCCAUUGAUUAGUAAUUCUAGAACAUUGUUUCAUCCUUGGGGAGAUGGUGAGUUUCUACCCAAAUCUCCAUUUGAACUCAUCAAAGAUGAACAAUACUUGGAAAAAAUUGGCUUUUACAAAAGAAAAUAUCUAUUUAGUCUCAACAACCAAGAAACUACCAUAUAUGGUACAUUUUUGUUUCUUAACGAAGCCAUUAUUUUUAAUGAUACGACUCUUUCUGAGGAAGAAAAGUUUAACAGGUGGCAGCAGUAUUUGUCAGCUGUGUCAGAAGAGGUGAUUGCUGAUAGACUGCAACUUGAUAAUACACCACCUGAAUUGCUCAAGAAACUUCGAGAUUGGUACCAAGCCAGAAAUCCUACGCCUUAUGAUGUACUACAACUUCUCGCCGACGCCAAUUUCAUUAUUCCUACCUUUGACUUGAUUAGCACUGUAGCGCGAAACAGAAACACGGAAUCAUGGCUCCUCUAUUUCAACCACUAUCCCCAGUUUAUGAAGGGGGACCUGAAAGGUCUCAUUCACGCCUUGGACCUGGCCUACUGGUUUGAUUUAGGUGCCGGUAAAAAUUUCUUGCUGCACCUCAUGGCCCCAGGAGCAACGGGUGUAUUUGAGGAGGAGGAUUUCAGGUUGAGAAGGAUUUUCUCUGAUACUAUAGCGUCAUUUAUAAAAACUGGGUAAGUAUCAUCAAUGCCAACUAGUUUAUUGGUGGUAUUUUAUUGUUUGCCAUUGCAUAGCUACACAUGGAGCCCCGUGGAGUGUGCAGAGCAAGAUGAGGCACGUAGAGCGUCUUGGUCAUCCACUGCAUCCGUACUUACCUCUGGUCGUCUUGACUUAGUCUUGCCACAGGAAACGGUGGGUCCGGAGAACAGAGUGAGGUUGACGCUGCGUAACUCUUCCUCACUUUAAACAAAGUCACCCGCGCAAGUCAUCAGGCAUCCAACAAACAAACACAGAAGAGAACAUAGAUAAGGUUUAUAAAAACCUAAAUACACAUAGAGCAUACAUUGGGUACACAUUAAGCACGCAUUGAGCACACAUUGAGCACACAUUGAGCACACAUUGAGCACACAUUGAGCACACAUUGAAUAAACCAUUUUAAGCCCAUAAUUUGCUCAUCCUAAAAUAAUAUCAACAUAAAACAUUCCAUAAAGAAUAUAACGUUUUAAAAAUAUGUUGAUAUAUUCCUAAAGCAAGAGUUCUUAAACUAUGCUCCAUUGACCCCUUAGGGUCUAUAAAUAGGUUUCAGUUUUGCACGCUUCAUCUCCCAUGUAUUUGUGUUAUAUGCAUUUAAAAACUUUUCUAAGUAGGGUUCCGCGGCGAUGGGGUCCAUGGAAUCAAAAGGUUUAGGACCCCUGCCUUAAAACCAUGUCUUUAAAAGCUGUUUCAUUUAAAUGAUGAGAGCAACUGGUGUUUCCUUUUGUUGGAGAAUCAAACUGCAUUUAUAACACGUUUCUGUUUUAUGAAUGAGAACAGAACUAACACCUUAGACAUUCUGUCUUAAACACAAUGUCUGUCUUAGAGAGUUUUGUGUUCUUGUUGUUGUUGCUAUAGCCAAGAACAAAACAAAAAAUGCCUCCCAAUAUUUAUAAAUGUUUGUCAGUAAUUUAUGUUUUAGAAGUUUUCAGCUUUCGAAAUUGAAUGUUCUUUUAACGUUGAAGUGUAAAUCAUUAUGAUGAAUUUAUAUACUUAAUUUAUACUAUUGAUAAGAAUCCUAACUUUGUUUAAUUAAAAGGAUUAAUUUUGCAAUUUUUGGAAUGGCGUUUGAAUAUUUAAUUAUUGAUUUCAAGAUAAAAAUGAUUUUCUUGCCUCUGUUGAGUAGCCUACUUAAAAAUAAGCAGUUUACCGAAAUAAAUAUCAUGUCUAUGUCUACUUUAUAAAAGUUUUAAUAUUAACGGUUCAUUCCGAAAAAUAAAUAGGAUUUUCUAGCUUUUGCUGAAGCAAAAUCCUGAAUUUUAUCGGUCUAAUCCAGGGGUCGGCAACCUACUGGGACGGAAGAGCCAAAAGUUACAAUUUACAAAAUUUCCCAGUUUUUAAAGAGCAACUAACAUUUUUAUUUCAAUUUAAUUAUGAAUAUUUGCGCAUGGAACUGGAGAGCCGCAUUUUGACAUCAAAAGAGCCGCCUGCGGCUCGUGAGCCGCAGGUUGCCGACCCUUGGUCUAGUCCAACUCUUCUACAAUCUUUUUUUAAAUUGAUUAUAUAGCUAAGCCACCCAAACUAACUAGAAACACCAAUUUUCAAUUAUAUGAAAAAACUUUACCGUUUCUAAGUGACAAAUUGCAGCAUCCUGAAACACCAAAUUCAAUUGAUUCGGACUGCUUGGAACAAGGGACAGUCUACCGCAUCCUUAAACACCAAAUUAUUAUUCUUCUUGCCUUUUUAAGGAAUAUAAUUGAGGUUGUUUGUUCGGCAGAUUCAGUCCCACAAACGAUUUGACUUAAACUUGACUUGAAAUUUUUAUGCAUGUUCAUUUACUACUUGAUAGGAUCUCCACUUUGUCAUAUUUGUGCCUGGGGCUAGGAUCUCCACUUUGUCAUAUUUGUGCCUGCGGCUAGGAUCUCCACUUUGUCAUAUUUGGGCCUGGGGCCUGUAUUUGGAUAAGGUCAUCCUUUCGUUUUGGGAUUCAUUUAAUUCUAAAUCUAAUUUGCUGCCACGAUGGCAAGAUGGUGAAUUUUUAACAUAUUUUAUUGAAAGUUUAAAAUCAUCUUCUCUAACUUUUGAUCAAAGUAAAUCAUUCAUUGUCAACUUCGUUACGGUCGGUGUUCUGUUCAUUGUCAACUUCGUUGCGGUCGGUGUUCUGUUCAUUGUCAGCUUCGUUACGGUCGGUGUUCUGUUCAUUGUCAACUUCGUUGCGGUCGGUGUUCUGUUCAUUGUCAACUUCGUUACGGUCGGUGUUCUGUUCAUUGUCAACUUCGUUGCGGUCGGUGUUCUGUUCAUUGUCAACUUCGUUGCGGUCAGUGUUCUGUUCAUUGUCAACUUCGUUGCGGUCAUUGUUCUGUUCAUUGUCAACUUCGUUGCGGUCGGUGUUCUGUUCAUUGUCAACUUCGUUGCGGUCGGUGUUCUGUUCAUUGUCAACUUCGUUACGGUCAGUGUUCUGUUCAUUGUCAACUUCGUUGCGGUCAGUUUUCUGGAAAUAUGAUCAGAUUUCGUCCUGGCCGCGGAGAAUUUUUUUUUUCAAAAAAUUGUCAGAGAAAACUUUAAUUUCUUGAUUUCAACCUGCGCCUAGUAAAUUAAUGUAACUUUCUGUUGUGACAGAAUCACAAAAUUAAUGUAAUUUUCUAUUGUGACAGAAUCUCAAAAUUAAUGUAACUUUCUAUUGUGACAGAAUCACAAAAUUAAUGUAAUUUUCUAUUGUGACAGAAUCACAAAAUUAAUGUAAUUUUCUAUUGUGACAGAAUCACAAGAAGGUUACGAGAUAGUUAAUAUGAUUUUAAAUAUUUGUUUUCCCCAGCAAUCCACAAGUAGCUCCUCUGAAAGAACUUCGCUACGGAUGGCCAAACUUUGACCUCUGUAACGGUUAUUAUUUGGACUUUAACCCCAGACCUUCCAUACAGAAAAACUUGAAAAGAGAAGUGCGACAACUGUGGGAGAAAGAUCUGCCAUCUUGGGCAUUCCAGGAACUGGCGCAUCAAGAUAUAAUUAAUUGAAUCCGCAAAUUCCCGUGCUUUUUCUUUAUCCAACUUUUAUACUUGUUAUAUAAAUAUUCGAUACGUAUAUCUACGAAAAAAUAAAAGUACCUAUCUUUCACGAUAAAAAUACCUAUCACACUAAAAGUACCUAUCACAUUAAAGUACCUAAAAAUUGUAUUAAAAGUACCUAUCUAUCACAUUAAAGUACCUAAAAAUCGCAUUAAAAGUACCUAUCCAUCACACU